CUGACCCCCACUCCCCAAACUGACUUCCUUGGCUGUAGCCUACGUCUAAGAACAGUGUUUGAAAAAAGAACAGACGUCUUUGAGGGGGUGCCACUUUCUCGCCCAUAACCCAUACAUAGUCUUAUCAACGGUAAAAUGUACUGGAUCAGCGAAUCGCCGAAGAGAGCCAUAAAACAUGCAGGACCCGCGGAAGAGAGCAGCUGCCGUUGUUUCCCCAAAAAGUUUUUGGUAUCCAUGGGGAUCUAGUAACUCCUCUGCUAUAGUACAUAUUUGACAAGCUACAGUCGGCUCGAGCUUGCACUCCAGCUUCACGUUCAGUGUGGUUCAGACGCGCGGAGCUUCUCAGCGUUUUAACUCAGUUUGUUUUUUGUCAGUUGGUGAGGCCACCCCAACAACACAGCAGUCAUGGACGCCAUCAAGAAGAAGAUGCAGAUGCUUAAGCUAGACAAGGAGAAUGCCCUGGACAGAGCUGAGGGAGCUGAGGGAGACAAGAAGGCAGCGGAGGACAAGAGCAAACAGCUUGAGGAUGACCUGGUAACGCUGCAGAAGAAGCUGAAAGGAACAGAGGAUGAGUUGGACAAGUACUCUGAGUCUCUUAAGGAUGCCCAGGAGAAACUUGAACUCGCCGAGAAGAAAGCCACAGACGUAAAUUGGCAUAAACCUGUCCGAAGUGUUAAAGUACUUUCAGGGGAACCACGAACAGUCUGCUAACAUUGAACCUCAACAUUUUUCAUUCUAGGCCUCGUCAUCAUACAUAUAUACAUAUUAGUUAGGCUUAUUUUAUUGUUUCAGUUUGGAAUAGCCUACAUAAUUGUUAUUGUUAAUAGCUGCGUCUUCAUUAGGCUCGACCAUUGGCCAUAUUCCACAUGUGUCCAUUGAAACCGAAUAAGACUGAGCAGACCAACUGUAGGCAUAACAAAUGUGCCUUGUGUGCCACCCUCCUCGAAGAUGCAAGCAGAAGGUUAAAUUUAGCUGUGUACCCUGUUUGGUUAAAAUAGGGCCCCGUUUAGAACUUCAGUUAAACGUUUGGUGGAAGUUUUUGAAUAUUUUAAAUACCUUUAAUUUAGAUUUGUAGGUGUCAUACCUUAUAUUCCACUCCUCAAAUUAAAACGGUUCCUUUUCCUUUUAUUGAGAAUGUUGUAGGGGACGCCGAUAAUUAAACGUUUGUUCUUAUAGGACACAUGCAUCUUAUUGUGUCAGUUU